GUGCUGAUCCCCCUUGUAGUAGCAACAGCUCAAGAUGUCUCCAGGUAUUGCGGAACUACCUGACCCGGACAGACUGGUGGUUCGGUGACUCUUACAGCACCAUAUGUCCAGGCGACCCCAGUGACAAAACCUUCCCUUGCAUGAACGUGGACAUGCAACACAAGUCGAUCAUCUCCAGAAUUUUCCAAGGGGACAGCUUUGACGUCAACAAUAUUACACAGCUGCUUCGUGUGCGUUUCUACGUGCCAGCAGGUUCCUACCGAGCAUGUGGCCGUAUUUUCAAUGUUCCCUCCGUCUCCAUGGAUCAAGACUUAGACUUCUCUCAGCGUACAGUGUUGGACAGUUGGAGCCUCCAGAAGCGGCCGGCCAUCACUUGGGAUGCAAUCCCCGGGGUCUUGUACACCCUAGUGGCCUACAAUGUGGAUCUAUUGCAACUGGCGGGUUUGUGGGUCAACAUCAAGGGAGGCGAUUCAGCUCUUGGUUAU